GGCAAAGAGUUCAACCAGGGAAAGCAGCGGACUGCCGCGAUUCUAACUCAGGCUGACGGAUCCUCAGCUGGGAUGACAGAGUUCCGUGAUCCUAAGAGCAACCAGAACACGCGGUGGCGCCGGAAGCGGCAGGCCGAGAACAAGUUGGCCGUCUCGUCACUCACGGCCACGGCGCGAAUCGAGGAUGCCACUCCCAUGGAAGUCGGCGGUGUCUCCUCCUACCCUCGCCGCAGGCGUAGGAAGAGGGGAAGGUGUCCCGCCGAGGUAAAGGAAACGGACCCAAACAAUGACCGUAUCUGGAACAGCUGGACGGGUCGGCACUGUGCGGAGAGCUUCCCGUCGCGCAACGCUCUCUUCCAGUUGCGACAUCUCAAGGCUCAGUGCCCACGGAAGCAUCCGUGGUCUGAGGGUUAGCGAGCUGGAGAAUAGAGGCAAUUUUUACUUUGGAUACUACAUUUUCGUGCUAUCCAUGCUCUUGGAUCGAGGUGUUAGGCAGGCAGUCUAUGAUAGUGAAUGUUGUUGGAACCGCUGCGCAGGCUCAGGAAGAUGAAGCUAUCACGAUGCAAGCAAUGUACACAACUGGGAUCAAUCGUGGUGUUGAAGAUGUUCAUUCUGAGAGUUCUCCUGAUCAGGAGCCCAGUCUUGGGCGGCAGUUGGGCAUCAGGCCAGUGGAUCCUAAUCUCAGUGGGCCGGCCCACUACCCUAGGCUAGGCUAGUUCUGACACACCCCCCUAGGUCGAGCCUCCGGCUCUGGCCUGCCAAAUCCAGUAAUCUAUAAAGCUAUUCCUAACACUACGUCUUUCCUAAUCUAGCAAUUCUAUAGUGUUGAGGUCCCUCUACUAUCGCCCUAGUCUACUGAGCUUUGUACGCCUACCCUUCUUAAUCCUAUAUAUUAUAUUAUAAACCGAACCUUUUGUUUAGUUAGAGCUUUCUUCUAGCUCUAUAUUUCUUCUUUCUAUAUUGCCUAGUAGGUAUAGAUCUUAAUAAGGGCCUAGAUAUCCGCUAGAUUAAGCAUUUCUAUAAACUUCCUAUAGGGCCCUGGUUCUAGCACCUUUAUUAGGCUAUUGGCUAAUAUCUAGUUCGAGGAUAUAUAAUCUACGCUAACCCUCUUGUUCUAAGCUUCUUAGUAUAGCUAGUGGUUAUAAAUGUCGAUAUAUUUUAGCUUUGUCUAUAGUAUAGGCAUUUUAGCGUUGAUUAGCUAGAUCGUCUACUUAUUAUCGCACUAGAUCGAUAGGAUCUUGUUAUCUAGAUAGAUCUCUAGUGCCUCUAAUAGGUACUAAAGGAAUAUACCUUCUUUCGCUGCCU